AUGAAUUCGAUCCCCUGGAUUGGAAAGCUGGUCGGCUGUUUCCUCGCCGAACCCCUAAUUGAGCGCACUGGAUACCGCAAAGCGAUCAUUGUCACCUCUGUUGUUCAAGUCAUUGCCCUAAUUAUCGAGAUGAAUCGCGAAGAGCUGGCAGAAGUGGAAAACCUGGUCCCGGCAUACUGCGCAGAGAUCGCCCCAAGCGCAGUCCGUGGCCUACUUGCGGGCUCAGUUACCUUUGUCGUGGCUCUAGGAAACCCCCGGGGCAGUGGUGUCUCCGGUGCCUAUGUUGACCAAAUGUCAGCUAGAGGCUGGCUGAUUCCUUGCGCCAUGCAGCUUAUCCCUGCAGUGAACAUCCUCAGCCUCGUCGCGUUCAUACCUGAGUCUCCACGAUGGCUGUUACUCAAGGACAAACGAGAUCUCGCAUUGCGGAAUCUCGAAAAGCUGCGCAGCAACGAUGAAGUGGACAACGGCUACGUCGCUGCCGAGGUCGAGGCCAUCGCCGAGGCCAUCCAGGCUGGCUAUGCACAAGACAAUGACAGCGACAGCUGGUGGAAGGUUUUCAGCGAUCCGACUAAUCACGGAAGGCGGGCGUGGAUUGUUGCAUUGCUCUUCAUCUUCCAGCAGACUAACGGAAACCAGUUUGUGAAUAGCUAUGGGCCGACAUUCUACAGGCAGAGCGGGUACGGGAGCGCAUAUUUCACCUAUGCCACGGUAGGGCAGGCCAUGACUAUCGUGGGGUCUCUUAUCGGGAUCCUCGUAACGGCCUAUACUGGUCGUCGACCAUUAAUGAUCGGGGGUGGGCUCAUGUGCGGCGUCCAGCUAUCAAUCGGGGCAGCCCUGGGCUCGCAAGAUCCCCCAAACCAAGCUGAAAAACGCACCGUCAUUGCUACCUUCCCCCUGCUAGGGAUCUCCACGAAGAUAUCCGCCAGCAACAACGCAUUCCUAAUUGGUGCCGAGAUUGGCGGCGUCAAAAUGCGCAAGAAGAUCAUGGGCUUUGGGACGGGGAACGAUGUCCUUGCAGCUUUUCUUGUCACAUUCGCCACACCGUACCUGCUUGCAAGUCCCAGUCCGGAUCUGGGGCCGCAAGUUGGCUGGAUAUCUGCUGCAGCAGGAUACCUAUCGGGGCUUUACGGGUUCUUCUUUACUACUGAGCUCAAGGGGCGUUCGUUGGAGGAGGUUGAUCAGAUGUUUGAAGCUAGACUGCACGCGUGGGAGUUCAAGGACUUCCAAACUACUGGCGCUGGAAGGAGGUUGGUGGAAUUGGAGAGGCACGACAAGACAGCUUUGGAGGAGGGAAUGUUUACUGCUUACAUCUGCCAUGCGAUGUCAGUCAAUAUAAAGGCAUUCCCUCCAAUUUUUGGUAGAGUUAUUGCACCCAAACACGACGGGUGUCGGAUAUUACAUAAUAGGUAA